CACUGUAUCCAGCUCUUCUCCAUCAAUCUUCAUCACCUUAGGUCAUUCAUUCACCACUCAUACAUCUUCUCAACCCAAACCCAAGCAACAAAAAUGUCCCCCCUCUCCUUCCGCGAACACAUCAACCUCCCGCCCUCAACCGCCACCCUCCACGACUCCACCCUCAUCAUCAUCGACGCGCAGAACGAAUACGCCACCGGCAAGCUGCAAGUGUACAACGUGGCCCAAUCCCGCGCCGCCAUCGCCGACCUCCUCGCCCGGUACCGCGCCGCCGGCGCCCAGCAGAACAUCGUCCACGUUUUGCACCGCACGCCCGCGGGCGCCCCGCUCUUCACGCCGGAGACCCCGCUCGCCGAGGAGUUCGAGGAGCUGCAACCCCGCCCCGGCGAGAAGGUCAUCUUCAAGCAUUUUCCCAGCUGCUUUGCGCAGACGGAGCUGCACGAGCACCUGGCGGGGCUGGGGGCGGUGGGCAAAAAGAUCGUGCUCGUCGGGUAUAUGGCGCAUGUGUGUGUGUCGACGACGGCCCGCGCGGGCCAUGAGCUCGGGUAUGAGGUGUUGGUUGUGAAGGAGGCGGUGGGCGAUCGGGCGAUUCCUGGUGUCGAGGCGGACACGCUGGUGGAUGUCGCGCUGUAUGAGAUUGGGGACGUUUUUGGGACGGUCCUCGCUUCAGGGAAGGAGAUUGGGGAGUGAGAGAGGUUUAUUUCUUUGGUAAGGGGUUGGAUGGUGGGAUGUGGGGGGUCGAGGAUGGGUCUCGUUUAUGUUAAGUGGAAGUGACAUGAGGUAUACAGUUUGGGUUUAAAUUGGAGAAUUGCUUUGUGCUCAGCACAGAGCGUAGACAGGCGGAUCGCAGCCGGUGGCUAGCUCGUAGCAAGGUGCUGCCAACCCAAAAAGCCGAGAUUGAUGCUGCAC